UUCUCUCUCCAGUCCUUCUUCGGAGUCGGAGAAAACGUCUCGAGCCGCCUCAUGGCCCGCUUCAACAUCCACCCGACCUGCCGUGUCGGCGAGCUAGCCAACAAGCAGGUCCUUGACCUCACAGCCGUGCUGUCUGAGAUGAAGAUCGAGAACGACUUGCGCCGAGAAGUCUUGAACGAUAUCAAGCGGCUGAAGGAGACUGGAACUUAUCGCGGCCGCCGUCAUGCGCUCGGCUUGCCUGUGAGGGGACAGCGUACACGGACUCAAAUCAAAACUCCUGUGAGGUUGAACCGCAUGGAGCGCAGGCUGUAA